AUGAAGUAAAAUAAUAAAUCGCCUGCGCCAUUUGCUAUCACUGAAGAAAAACAAACUAUCGAAACUAUGCUUAAUCUUGUUAAACAUUAGACAUAAUAACUUAAAGAUUAGCAACUUCAAUAAAACAAUGAAAUCAAAUUAUUGAGCAAAGCAUUUAGGGACUAAAAUCAAUCAAUUUUAUAAAGCUAAAAUCAAGAAUAUUUUAAUUUAACGUCAAAGUUAAUAGAAGAAAUAGAAUCUGAUAAUUAUUUUCAAAUUAAAUUGAAUCAAAUUUAAGCUUACAAUAAAUAACUUUUUAACCUUAUCAAAGAUGUUCAAAAAGAAAUACCAUCAUAAUAUUAAUAACUCUCCAUUAUCAAUAGAGUAAUCAACUUUUAUAAAUGCAUUUUCAGAAUAUCAAUUAAACAAUUGAAUAAAGAUGAAGUAGCCAUAAUUUUCCAUCAAACCUUAGGAAAUAUGGAUUAUGGACAUCCAAUAAUAAUAUAAUUGAAAGACAGCAAAUAAUAAUAAAGAUAAUAAUUUUGGAAUCAAUUUACAUCUUUGAUAUGA